GAAGAGCGAGAGCAGUGAGAGUGAGAGUAGAGCCCGGAGGAAGAACAGCAGCAGCAGACAACAGGAGCAGCAGAGCAGUCCUCCAUGGGAUCCCCGAGGCGGGUCGAUAAGGCAGACUGGCUGACGUGAUGACGUUCCCGGGAGAAGCGGCUCUCCUGCGGGCUGACAGCUGAUGGAGUCCCUGCUCCUCCUCUCACACACGGCCGGGGUCGUAUGAGGAGGACACGGAGCCCUGAAAUGACACACUGAACUGGACAGAUCGUUACUUGCAUCAACUGGAAGCACUGGGACGCGUUGAGUGGAACGGAUGCCUGUUGAUGAGUUUACAAGAUAAAGCUUUUUGUGUGUGUGUGUGGAUGUUUGUUUUUGAUCAUCAGCUGACAGGAGUCUGAAAUCUGCCACAGUGGAUUUCUAAAUAAUUUACCAGUACUCUCAUCUGUUGCCUUGUCACUGAAACCUCAUCAACAAGGCAGCUGAUCAAACACAUCACAAUGACUUGAAUGAGUGCCUUUUGUUGUGUAUGCAGGCCAUCCGGCUAUAUAUGAUAUCUUCAAUCCAGCAUCGCUAAACCACAGUUUUGUGACCUCAUUUGUACUUUUUUGGGAAGUGUUUACUGAUCACCUUUUAAUCAGUAUUGCAAAUCACCGGGAUAGCCGAGGGAAAGCGCAAGGACUAUGCACCGUUGUCGCUGUCUCACACCCGACACCGAACCAGUAACCUCAGCGGAGGAGAGGCGAUCAUAACGGUACUGACCCUCCGAAGGACCCCCAACCUCCCCCUGGGUAUUUUUAUUUUCAACCAAGGGGGUGUAGAGAGCUGCAGGGAUGUUCGCCGCCGUGGAACAUGGCCCGGUCCUCUGCAGCGACUCCAACAUCCUGUGCCUGUCCUGGAAGGGCCGGGUGCCCAAGAGCGAGAAGGAGAAGCCGGUCUGCAGGAAGCGAUACUACGAAGAGGGCUGGCUCGCUACCGGGAACGGUCGAGGAGUCGUCGGGGUCACGUUCACGUCCAGCCACUGCAGACGUGACCGACCCACCCCGCAGAGAGUCAACUUCAACCUCAGAGGACACAACAGCGAGGUGGUCUUGGUGCGGUGGAAUGAGCCCUUCCAAAAACUGGCGACCUGUGAUACAGAUGGAGGGAUCUUUGUUUGGAUCCAGUAUGAGGGCCGCUGGUCCGUGGAGCUGGUCAAUGACCGUGGAGCCCAGGUGAGUGACUUCACCUGGUCCCACGAUGGCACCCAGGCUCUUAUAUCCUACCGGGAUGGCUUUGUGCUGGUGGGAUCAGUCAGCGGGCAGAGACACUGGUCCUCCGAGAUCAACCUGGAGAGCCAGAUUACCUGUGGGAUCUGGACUCCUGAUGACCAGCAGGUGCUGUUUGGUACUGCAGAUGGACAGGUGAUAGUGAUGGACUGCCAUGGGCGCAUGCUGGCCCACAUUCUGCUGCAUGAGUCGGAUGGCAUCGUCAGCAUGUCCUGGAACUAUCCCAGUUUCCUGGUGGAGGACAGCAGUGAGAGUGACACAGACUCUGACGACUACUCCCCACCACAAGUGCACAGCCAGAAACCCCUGCUGACAGUCAGCUUCACCUCCGGAGACAUCAGCCUGAUGAACAACUACGACGACCUCUCUCCCACCCUCAUCCGCACCGCUCUCAAAGAUGUGGUGGUCCAGUGGUGUUCGCAGGGGGACCUCCUUGCAGUGGCGGGGAUGGAGAGGACCGUCCUCUCCCCUGACCCCUCCUGUCCUCCCCCCACCAGAAACGCCAUUGUUAAGUUCUACAACGUUCGGGGCGACCAUAUCUACACACUGGACACACCAGCACAGCGUCCCAUCACUACGCUGUGUUGGGGUCACCGGGACUCCCGUCUGUUCUUGGCAUGCGGCCCGGCCCUCUACGUGGUGCGAGUGGAGCACCGUGUUGCCAGCCUGCAGCUUCUCUGCCAGCAGGGCAUCGCCACAGCAGUGAAGGAGGAAAAAGACGUUGCCAAGCUCACCAUGCCUUCCCGCCUUUGUUCUUACGUCACUACUGCUUUUGUUCCCACCAUCAAGCCCCCCAUCCCUGAUCCCAACAACAUGCGUGAUUUUGUGAGCUACCCAACAGCUGGAAACGAGCGUCUGCACUGCACCAUGAAGCGUACGGAGGACAACCCUGAGGUGGGAGGGCCCUGCUACACUCUGUACCUGGAGUACCUCGGAGGUCUGGUGCCUAUCCUCAAAGGACGGAGAAUCAGUAAGCUGCGUCCAGAGUUUGUCAUCAUGGACCCCAAGACAGAUGGGAAAACAGAUGAGAUAUACGGCAACAGCCUGAUAUCCGCCAUGAUCGACAGCUGUAACUGCUCCGACUCCAGUGACAUCGAGCUGAGUGAUGACUGGGUCGGCAAGAAGUCUCCAAAGAUAUCCAGGGGGAGCAAAUCCCCCAAACUGCCCAGGAUCAACAUUGAUCCCAGAAAAUCCCCUAAACUUUCCCGCGCGACACAAGAGAUCUCCAGGUCCCCACGUUUACCCAUACGGAAACCCUCCAUCGGGUCACCCAGUCUAACACGGAGAGAGUUUCCUCUAGAUGACAUCACUCAGCAAAAUUACCUUGCUCAGGUCACAUCCAAUAUUUGGGGAACAAAGUUCAAGAUUGUGGGGCUCGCCACAUUCUUGCCAACUAAUCUUGGCGCAGUCAUCUAUAAGACAAGCCUCCUCCAUCUGCAGCCCAGACAGAUGACCAUCUACCUGCCUGAGGUUCGUAAAAUCUCCAUGGACUACAUCAACCUGCCCGUCUUCAGUCCCAACGUCUUCAGUGAAGAUGAAGACGACCUGCCUGUCACAGGACCUGCUGGCGCCACUGAUGACAACCCGCCCUGCACUGUCAACAUCCCCAUCGCCCCCAUCCACAGUCCCGCCCAGGCCAUGUCCCCCGCCCAAAGCAUCGGCCUGGUCCAGUCACUCUUAGCCAAUCAAAAUGUUCAGCUGGAUGUCCUAACCAAUCCCACAGCAACUCCCGCUGGGGCCGCUGCUGCUGGCUCAGACCAAAGCCAGGACACCAUCCUGACCGCCCAGUACACAGUCCCCACCAGGUACUCCAGUCCUGGACAGGUCAUCUUUGGGGGACUAGAAAUGAGUCGCCUGAUGGUGGGACCUCCACCUUCUCAUCAUCCUUCACAACAGCAGCAGCAGCAACAACAACAACAACAAAGCCACCAUCAACAACAGCAGCAGCACCAUCAACAGCAACAGCAGCACCAACAACAACAGCAGCAGCAACAACAGCACCAACAACAACAACAACAACAGCAGCAGCACCAACAGCAGCACCAACAACAACAACAACAGCACCAACAACAACAGCAGCAACAACAACUACAACUGCAACACCAUCAACAAAUUCAGCACCACCACCAACAGCUUCAGCAGCAGCAGCAGCUCCAACAGCAGCAGCAGCAGAUGCUCCAGCACCAACACUUACAGCAGCAGCAGCAACUUCAGCAACAGCACAUUCAGCAGCAGCUCCAACACAUGCAGCAGCAGCAUCAACAUCAGCUCCAGCAGCACAUACAACAACAGCAACACCUACAACAGCAGCAUCAACAAAUACAGCAGCAGCUGCAUCAACAAAUGCAUCAGCAGCAGCAAACGCAGCAGCAGCAUCAGAUGCAACAACAACAACAACAGCAGCAGCAGCAGCAACACCACCAUCAACUCCAGCAGCAGCUCCAGAUUCAAAUCCCAGUCCCCUCUAUGUCAUCAGGACAGCCUUCAGGUGCAUCUGUGCACCAGCUCCAGACGGGGGCGCUGCAGAUCCAGAUCCCUCAUUCAUCUAAUGAGUUAGUGGUUGAGAGAGCAGUGGGCGGAGAACACGAGCACCUACUGAAAAUCAAGACCACUCGGUCCACUCCACAGCUGGCUGAGGGUGAUACGGUGGUGUUCAGCGCCCCUCUGGAGCUCAGUAAGAUGAACCCCCCGCCCCCCUACCCCGGGACAGUGGCCGCCGCUGUGGCUGCUGCUGCAGCAGCUGCAGCCACAGCGGCGGCCUCCAAUCCUGCAUCUGGAUCAGGAGGGGGCACCGGUGGGACUCCUCCCCCUGGGGACCUUUGUCUGAAGAAGGGAGAGGCCUCACUUUAUCCUUCAGGUCAGCAACAAGCGCAGUACCCCACCCCACUGGGAUAUGAGAGGAUAACAACAUUUGACAGCAGUGGGAAUGUGGAGGAAGUAUGUCGUCCUCGAACGCGCCUUGUCUGCAAUCAGAAUGUCUACACGCUCCAGGGACCUGGCAGCUCCGCCACUCUCAGGGUUACCUCCUCCUCAUCCUCCUCCUCCACUGACAAGAAGAUCCAGCUGCCCUACACCUCCGCCACGCUCAACAGGCUCACCGCACCUCGCUAUUCCAUACCCAGCGGAGACCCGCCCCCAUACCCUGACCCAGCCAAUCAGAACGGUGCCGUUGGCAGGAACCCCGGACAGAGGCUCGACAGCAGUCUGAUCCACGCCACUCUCAGGAGGAACAGCCGAGAGGCCGCUCUCAAAGUCUCCCAGAUGCUGGAGCCGCCCAGACCACUGCCUCCGAAGGCUAAAAACAGUAGUGCACUAGCAGCCUCGUUCCAGCAGAGGGUGCCAACAGCCUUAUACACCUGCAGUCAGUGUAGCAGUGGGUCCAGUGUUGGAAGUACUGCCCCUGGGAGCACUAAUGGAAUAGCAGGAGGAACUAUUAUCAGACAGGAUUUCCCUCCAGGGAAUGGGGCACCACACAGCACAGUUAUUGUUCACUCCAACAGCGCUACUCCUCUGGCCUCCCAGUCCUCUUACAGCCUGCUGAGCUCUCUGGAGGGAUCGGGGAAUGCAGGUGGAGGAAGUAACAGAGAUCGGGCUGAUUAUGUUAAUUCAGCGUUUACCGAGGAUGAAACACUGAACCAGUCACUGAGGCAUCUGGCACUAGGAGGAAAUGACGCAUCAGGACUGGUUGUUAAACGCCCUCCUCCAUACCAGUGGGACCCAGCUGCCACGGAGGAGGUGUGGGUUCCUCAGGAACAGACAGCAACCCUGAAUCCCCCUGGCCCCCCCAGACCCCAUAAACCACCGCCACUUAUUCUUAGCCCAGCUCAGCACUUGGAUGUGUCCAGGCUGCCUUUUGUCCUUUCUCCAAAGUCCCCCACCAGCCCUAGUGCUGCAUCUUUUCAAGCAGCUGCAGCAGCUGCAGGCUACCAGAUAUCUCUCCAGUAUCCUGCAGCAGCUGCGUAUUCUGGAGCUCAGCUCCAGCCCAUCCCAGGGUCCCCACGCCCCUGCUCCUCUCCAAAGGAGAUGGUGGCACCAGUGCCCUUCUCACAGCAGGAUGCAACCCUUGUCUUACCGCCUGGUUACCCUGCAAACCUGGCAAACCUGGCCUGCUGUCCUCUCCCACCCAUGUAUCCAGGAGGAAGUGCUUGUGCCGGCCUCCCCAUCCCCCCCAUUGCCCUUCAUACACCUUGGGGUACAUAUAAUUCUUGCCCCCCUAUGCCCAGUCCUGCAGUGCCACUACCACCCAAAGCCUCCCACAUGGCAGUAGACAAAAACACUCUGUCGCCUCCUCCUCCUCCUCCUCCACCCCCUCCGCCACCACCAGCAGAGCUGCAGAGCCAUGGAGGACUACAGGAGGCCAUGGCAGAGGCCGGGGAGGGUUUUCAGGAGGUGCUCUCCUUGACUGAGAGCCCCGUCCCCCAGCGCUCCGAGAAGUUCAGCAAGAAGAACCGCAAGCGGGCGGACGGGCGCGCCGAGGAGGCUAACGUGCCGCCGUUGGCCGAAGGGAGCAAAUCGAAAAAGGAGGGCAGAGCUUUGGGCGAUUUCAACUCUCUCAUCUCCAGUCCGCGGCUGGGAGGAAGGGACAAGAAGAAGCUGAAGGGACAGAAAGAGCAGCAGCUGAAGGCCAAGAAACUGAGUAAGGCCACUGCCAACAGCGAGUUCCAGGACAGCUCAGAAAGCGAGCCAGAGCUGUUCAUCAGUGGGGAUGAGCUGCUCAAUCAGUGCCAGAGUGGUAAGAAGGGCUGGAAGACCAAGAGGAACCUGAGGGCUGCUAGUGAACUGGAUGAGAUAAAGUGUCGAAAGGCCAACGAGAAGGAGGACAGAGGGCUGGGCAGCCAGGGCUUCGUCUACGUCAUGGCCAACAAGCAGCCGCUGUGGAACGAAGCCACGCAGGUCUACCAGCUGGACUUUGGUGGACGCGUCACACAGGAGUCUGCCAAGAACUUUCAGAUUGAACUGGAAGGCAGACAGGUGAUGCAGUUUGGCAGGAUUGACGGCAACGCCUACAUCCUGGACUUCCAGUACCCGUUCUCUGCUGUGCAGGCCUUUGCUGUGGCGUUAGCCAACGUUACCCAACGCCUCAAAUGAGAUGUCCCUCCCUACUUCCCCUGAGUUAUAUCUGGGGUUUAAAUGCAAUCUGUUGAAGGGGCACAGUUGUUUCAUUUGAGAUUAAUAAACUUUGAUUUUGGAGAGAAGACUUCAGAUCAGCCCUGGUCAUAGAGAGAGAUACAAUCAUGCUGCACUACACAAUGCUGCCACUAGAGUUGGUGCAAUAAGCAUUGGCUGCAUUAGCCAAGGCUGCCCUCAGAUCUGCUCCGUUGGGCAGACGGCGGCACCUUGUGAUGCAUGUAGGGCCAAAGAGCUGAGCUUUGGUAAUCAUCAUGCAAAUAAAUGCUGCUUUAGCUAGAAGAAGCUUGUAGACGUGAUAACCGAGCGGUUAACCGAGAGAGGAAUUGCCGAGGUGCAGUUUUCAAAAGAAGCAGCAGUAAUACUUGAAAACCCACACUCUGGAGAUCACAGUUGUUUUUUCCCCAGAGCGCACAGGUACUACUGGGCACUGAAAUCCAUUGCUGUACAAACUUCAGUGAAACAGUUACCACUUUAUUAUACUGCUUUUGCUUUUAGGACUUUAUGAAAUGACUUGGUGGAGGGUAGGAGGGUCUUUUUGUUUUCGCUCUCUGCCAUUCCUUUUUGUUACUAUCUCAAAACUAUCUUGGCUGGAAUUGAGGCUUAGAUAUAUGCAUCAUUUAGGAGCACUACUAAGAGGUCACACUUUACACUAAAGUAGUCAAAAGGUGUGUCACUGUUCAAAACUUGGGAAGGUCGAGGAGUUAAGUAUCGAUGACUGCAGUCUUUUCCACAUAGUUUUUUCUGGGACUUUGAAGGAAGAAGAAAUGUUACUCUGCUACACGGAUUAAUUUAUAUGUACAUUUUGUUGUUUAUCUAUUCAGAUAUGAAUUUUAACAUUAUUGUCAUUGUUUGUGAUAUACAAUCUUCAACAUGGUUUUCAACUUACCUGCUUUAUUUGGGAGAACUGGUGGCUGAAUAUGAAUAUUGCUGUGGAGUCAUUCAGGUGGGAGGCGUACUGAAUAGCUUUGACUGAUAUAUCCUGUACUUAGUGAAAUAUCCACAUAUGGUGACACGGGCGAGGAACAAGCGGCCACGGCCAGGAGCGAACGUUGAACCUCUGGCAGGAAGUGACCCGUCACCUGCUGUCACUUCUGUGAAGUGAGUGUGUAGUUUGGGGGGAGGGGGGGGAGGGGCUAUCCCUGCUCUUUAAGACCACGCUAAACAUGUAAACAAGGUACAGGAAAUAUUUUUGUAUAUUUCACCUAUGCCAUUUCAUACUCUUUUCAGAAGUCAUGUAAAUACAUAUCAGUCAUAUGUAAAUGUUGUAAAGAGACUCGGGGGACUUUGUCUCCACUGUGUUGUAAGUGUAACUUCAGGUAGUACUGUUCCACUCAACAGCUACAACCACGAAAAAAAGUUAACAGUUAAGCUGAAAUCAUUGUCACUGAAUAUUUGAAGUCAGAACUCCAAUGAAGGAUGAAGCUAUUUGAAAUCUGUUGAUUCAGAAGCUGACACUGAAAUCUGAAAAGCUGUCUUUUUUUUUUUUUUCACGCUUGUGUUUUUGUGUUGAACUAACGACAGAGCAGGGCCAGCUGAUAGGAGCGGGGGUAGCAGGAAAAAAUAAUUAUUAGGCAAAUAUAAAUAGAUAGCUUUUAUCUGUUUAACAUGGUAGCUACAAUAUGGAAGCCCAUUUCUGCCAGAAGAAGGAAAAAAACAAGAUGAAAAAUAAAAAGGUGUUGCAAGUUAUAAUGAAGAUUUUUUUCAAAAUAAUGACUUAGUAUCUCAAGAUGAGCUUAGUUUUAACCAAAUGGAUAUGCUUAAAUUUAAAUAUAACCCUUGAAAAAUGCUUAAUUCUCAGCAUAAUCUUAUCUUAUUGACACAAUCACUCAUGUAAACCCAAACUUCUGCUGUUUUUCCUCCACAGUUCUUCCAAGUUGCACUUAUAGAUACAAAUUAGAUGACGAAGGCUUCGAGAGUUUGGACUUUUUUGGUUUAAAUACCUUGAAAGUGCUUAAAAAGUAUUUGAACUCUUAAGCUGUACAAACCGUGAAUGAAAGGCAUUUUCAAAUGUUGAUUUAGUAUCUCAAAUUUAUGUAUCACAAAAGUUUGAGAAACUUUCUUGAAAUGAUGAAUUAGUAUCUAAAAAUGUGAAACUUUCAAAAAUAAUGAAAUGCUUGCUUAGAAGAUACUGAGUCAUUAUUUUUGAGUCACUUAUUAUACUUUCAGAUAUAAAAAUCCAUUUUUGUGAGAUCCAAAAUAUUAUUUUAAAAAAGGUUUCUCAUUAUUUUCAGACUCUGAAGUCAUUAUUUUGAAAUGCUGCGUCAUUAUUUUUGAGAUACGAAGUCAUAAUUCUGAGAAAGCUUCUCAAUAAAAUAACUUAAUUUAUCACAUUGGUGGAAAAUGGGCUUCUAUACCAAAAUCAUUAAAAAAGGGCAGUAAUAUUAGGUAGAUAUGAUAAGGGGUCACCUUUUAAACUUUGCCAAAAUAAGCAUUUGCUAAAAUUUCUAGUUGGAAAAAAAAAAAUGGGAAGUGUUGAUUCUUGAUAUAAAAAGAAAUCUAUCACUUUGGACUGAAUUAAUGAGAUUAUUAAAUUCUUUAGCGUGAUCUUUCACAACAACAUGCAUGUCUGUCAGAGGGUGAUUGUAGGGGUGAGGAUUGAAAAAGAAUUAUUAAAAAAAAAAGUCUCUCCUGAUCCUAAAAAAUGAAAAGAACAUGAGCAUGUCAUAAAGAAAAUAUCCAUAUUUUUUGUGUUAGUUGUGCAAUAUUUUCUUAGGGGGGAGAAAAAAAAAAUCAUCACUUUUGACCACAGUUUUAUACUUUUUUUUUUUUUUUUUUUAGUUCAGCACCUCAGUUGCUGGUCUGUACAUUUUAUUUAUGAGAUUAUUUCCUGAAGGAGAUAUAGUAUCUAUACAUACUGUAUAUUGUGGAGUUUUCUGAACAUUUCUUUGUGUUGAUGAGAAUUUGUUACAAGUGUAGCCCAAAUUGUGAGAUGGGAAGACGGGGUUGGGGGUCGGGGAUGUCGGGUUUUGGGGCAAAUUUUCUUUGUUUUGUGAAGUUUGCAUUGGAUGGAAAAGAUGUGAAUGAGUAAGUGCCCAGUUUAGUGUAGUCGGUAGACUAGUUAUGUAGAGUGUAACUGUCAAGUCAAGGUGUGUCUGUAUUCAACUGUGCAGUCUACCAAUACCAUCAGUGUUAAUUCUAUUAUCUUUAAACGUGUGUGGUCAUGGCUUCUUACACAUACACACUUACACACACACAUCGUCACAUAAGUUCACAAGUGUAAGCCACUGAGUUCAUGUUGGGAAUCGCCUCUGGACUUAGGUUAAGGAUUCACUUUAAACUGAUUUUUUUCUGAGAUGACCUGUUGUAGAUAUUGUAGGAUCUGGCUUUUCUUUUAGAAAAGGUAUGUGCUUUGUAUUUGUAGAUGUAGACUUAAAAAGACACUUGAAAAGAAUCUGAGUCUGAUUUGGUGACUGAACGUUUAUAGUGAAUGGAUAGUAAGGCAUGCCAUGUAAAUUAUUUUAUAAUUGUAUAUGUCACGCAUCUUUUGAAUAAAACGUCAUUGUUUCCGAAGAA